UAGACUCACCUGCGUCCUUUGUGGCACCACACUCGGCCGGGUCUUUUCCCGCGGUUCUUUUGUCAAACGGUGUUUGUUUUCAAGUGACCUCGGAAUGCGGAUUGGUCUUCCGUGUGUGUUUUCUAAACGGGUUAUAAUACCACUUAUAUCUUCGCUUUGCAGACGACAGACGUCGAAAACAACCACCUGUGCUAACUUGACGGUACACACUCCAUUAUAUACCAGCGUUUUCCUGCCAGUGACAUCGCACAUAACGUCGCAUGUAGUGGUGAAUAACUUCGUUCAAAAUUCACGGGACAACAUUUGGAGGUUGGUGGAUGGUGCAGCGAUGGACUACCUCAAGACAGACAUCCUGACUCACUUGCGCGAGGGUCUCCUGGACACCUGCCGGCACCACAUCCAUUUCCUCUCCUGCCAUCUCAAACACUCUUCCAAUGGUCUCUACCAGCUGGGUCAACGGCUCAACGAGAAAGUCAGUAUCCGCAGCCGUAGACUCCUCCACAGCCCUCCGACAGAAGAUGACGUUGUCAACCAAGCGAAAGUCCUGUGCCGAGACUAUGCCUACGUGAAACUCAGAAAGCACAAACUCCUGUCCAGAGACAUCUACGGGAAAGCAGGAAAGCGAGGUCCCCAUCAGAUACAGUUCUUGAGGCAGAAGGCGGAGAGAGAUGCCCAGUCGGGUCAAGUGAAGACCAGGUUCGGUGAUCCUGGGAUCGGACCAUCUGAUGUGUCUAAGGAACUCAUCAAGGUGGCCACAGAAUUUGAAAAGUGCUUCCCGUAUUUGUAUGAGGACAUUACUGAACAAUUACAACUCAACUUCCAGUCGCCAGCCAAUAUCCUUAGUGUCUACAAUACAGUUGGAGCAGAUAUAUUCAGGAAAGGUAUCACGUGGGCAAGAAUCGUAGCCUUGUACACCCUGACAGGCGCCCUCAUCGUUGAGUGCGUGAAGCAGGGUCAGCACAGCCAGGCUAACGCACUGGUAGACGCAUUGCAGAAGUUGGUUCGGAAGAGGCUUGCCAGAUGGAUCAUCGACCAAGGAGGAUGGAUUGGGCUGGUGGUACAUUUCCGACAGAAGCAGUCUUCUAUCACGGUGCUACGGGUAUUAAGCUUGGUAGGGUUGCUCCUAGGUGUGGUCCUGGUGUUUUGGUGUCCCCGACGAACAUAGCCCGCUGUGAGCUACCAAACACCGACCAGUUGUUCAAGAUAUGGACAAAAUUAUGGAGAUCUUGUAGAACAAUACGGCCACAUGAUUCCAGCCGAGCGUAGGUAUGAUCAGUCUCUCCAGGUUGUGAUUAGUGUGGUUUACUAACGAAAAGUUAUGCUUAAACUAGAGUCAUAAUGCCUAUACUAUCAUAUAGUACACCAGCCCAUGUGCACGGCCAAACUGACUCCUGACAGACUUGAUAAUCUAAAUUCGCUCGGUCUGGUUUCGGUCCGUUGGUGUGACCCGGGUUUUAAACCUAAAACAGAACCAGAACGGAGAGAACAUUGAUUUUUCAAUUCAAACUUGUUCCUGAAUGAAAGUUGAACGUUUAUCGACCGUUCCCGGAGGAAUUGGGUCUACUAAAGGUAUGCUUCUUCUAUUAUUUUACGCACGUGAUUAUUUACAUUUAUGAAGAGCAGGCCCUCUACGAUAUGAGAGAGCUAUUACGCAGUACAUCUAAAGUACGCUUCACACGUGGCGUCAUUUGCAUGACUUAGGACUCGGUCAGCAAUUCACGCUAGUCGUCUUUGACGCACCAGCCGAGAAUGAUAUCGGACCGAGAAUGAUUGCAAACAGAACAGAUUACACGUUUUGUUGAAUUCCUGGCGUAAUGCCUGAUUUCUGUCAUAGCCUCGAUUGGUGAUUGGCGUUGGUAAUAACGCAAUUAAAAUCACGCCUGGUAUAGACGACGGCUGUUCAUCCAGAGUACCAAAGCGCCAUAAGGCCUUUAAAAAAAGAUGUUGUAUUGCCCUUCAGGUUCCAAAACAUGGGUCAGUCGGUCGGAAUUUUUGUUUUAAAUUUUUGUUUAA